UGAACGUAUUUGGUGUAAUAGAACAGUCAUCCUCACACUGUGUAGAGUGUGUGUCUGUGUGGGAGGACUACUACGUUGCAGAAGUUAGGACAAUGACAAAUGUCACUCUGGAUCCAUAAAUUGAACCUUUCACAGACCGAAGAGAAACUUUUUUCUGGACACUGCGACUUAUGGGACACAGCAAAAGUUCUCUAAGUUCGUGAAUCUGUGCAAUGAAUAGGCAAAGGUGUACUGUACAUAUCAGCUAUAUAUUAACAGACUGGGUUAUCUAAGUGGAGGCCAAGUGCUGAAGAUUUGGAUAGACAAUUUGUUUGACUGGCUUGCAACCUUUGUGCCAACUAGUUAAAGUUUUACUAAUUAACUCCGCUCAUGUGCAAACUCCUACCUCGGGAUUCUGAGGAGGUAUAAAAAGGACAGUGUUAUUACUCUUGGUUCCUGUGGCACCCUCUGGCACAAUGGGGAAAGGCUUCUACGUUAGCAAGCUUGUGGCCUUUGUCUGCAUCUUCUUUGCCAUAGCUGCAGUGGCUACAAUAAUUGCUCUAGCAGUGGUUUAUUCAAAUGAGAAGUCCAACAAUGAUAAGGUAGAGAAUGGAGGAACCACCACCACUGCUCCAACGAGCACAGCUUCAUCAGUAAAACCUGCCAUUACAACUCCUGCAUCCAAUGAAGUAUGGGAUCAAUAUCGUCUUCCACCUUACCUACAACCAGAACAUUAUGAUAUUGACCUUAGACCCAUUUUAACAAAAAAUGACCAAGGACUCUACGUAUUUCAUGGAGUCAGCAAAGCCUAUUUCAGCUGUAAAAUGGCAACACAACAUGUCAUUAUCCACAGUAACAAACUCAAUUAUACCACAGACCCCGUACUCACUGAUGACACCGGCAGACUUAUCAGCUCAAACAAACACUUUUUUGCAGAGGAGACAAAUUAUUUAAUACUGCCUCUCAGCGAACAACUGCAACCUUUGAAAAAAUAUAUACUUCACACAGAGUUCGUGGGAGAACUGGCAGAUGAUCUGGCGGGAUUUUACCGAAGUGAAUAUGUAGAAGAUGGUGUCACCAAGAUCAUAGCCACUACACAAAUGCAGGCCCCUGACGCGAGGAAGGCAUUCCCAUGCUUUGAUGAACCAGGAUUGAAAGCUACGUUCAACAUCACCCUCAGACACAAACCAGACUAUGUGGCAUUGUCAAACAUGAAUGCUUUAACUGUGACCACCGAACAGUGGAAUAAUGAACAAUGGAAUGUCACUAACUUUGAGAAGUCUCCAAAGAUGUCAACAUAUCUGGUGGCCUUUAUAGUUUCUCAGUUUAAAGCUAUUGGUGAUAGUAGGGUUAAAAUCUGGGGUCGUAAAACAGCAAUUGAGGAUGAGAAUCAAGGAGAGUAUGCACUGAAUGUCACAAGGCCAAUACUGGAGUUUUUUGAAAACUAUUAUGGUGUUCCUUAUCCUCUGCCAAAAUCAGACCAGGUAGCCAUCCCAGACUUCAGCGCAGGAGCCAUGGAGAACUGGGGACUUGUGACGUACAGAGACACUGCCCUCCUUUAUGACACUAAGGAAUCUUCCAUUGGCAACAAGGAGAGAGUGCUCACAGUCAUAGCUCAUGAGCUCGCACAUCAGUGGUUUGGGAAUCUUGUAACCAUUCGAUGGUGGAAUGAUCUGUGGCUGAAUGAAGGUUUUGCCUCAUAUGUGGAAUAUUUGGGAGCUGACUACGCAGAGCCCACCUGGAACAUAAAAGACCUGAUAGUGCUUUAUGACCUACACAGAGUGAUGGGCGUCGAUGCUUUAGCCUCUUCCCAUCCUCUUACAUCAAAGGAGGAAGAUGUGAAAACUCCAUCACAAAUAAGCUCGCUUUUUGAUUCUAUAACGUAUAGUAAGGGUGCAGUAGUUAUUCGGAUGUUGUCCUCAUUUAUUACUGAAGACAUUUUUGUACAGGGACUACAGACCUACUUGAAAGAAUUUGAAUAUAGCAACACGGUAUAUAUUGACCUGUGGAAACACUUGCAAGCAGCCGUAGAUAAAAGUUCUAUUUAUCUUGACAACAAAAUUGAAGAUAUCAUGAACACAUGGGUCCUGCAGAUGGGUUUUCCUGUGGUGACGAUAAAUACCACUACUGGAGUUGUUCAGCAAAAACAUUUCCUUUUAGAUCCAAAUGCAACAGUCACUCGGCCGUCAGACUUUAACUAUACAUGGUUUGUACCGAUCAAAUACUUCAGCGGAACUAGUGUCCUGAAUACUUUCUGGCUGAAUGGACGGGAUGGCUCCAACGAAGCCUUUAAAACAGCUGGUCAACAAGGUAACUGGCUGCUUGCAAACAUCAACGUGACUGGAUAUUACAGGGUUAACUAUGAUGACGUUAACUGGGACAGACUGCUUAACCAGCUGAACACUGAUCUUUCCCAAAUUCCUGUUAUCAACCGAGCUCAAAUCAUCGAUGAUGCGUUUAAUUUAGCCAGAGCUCAGAUAAUAAGUACUACAAGAGCGCUUGAAACAACUAAAUUUCUGUCCAAGGAUGUGGAGUACAUGCCAUGGCAGGCAGCUGUCAGCAGUCUCAGUUACUUUGCGCAGAUGUUCGAUCGCACAGAUGUGUACGGACCAAUGAAGGCUUACAUGAAGAAUCAGGUUACACCACUCUUUAAUUAUUUUAAAAACUUGACAAAUGAUUGGAGAGACCGACCUGCUACGUUAACAGAACAAUACAAUGAAAUUAAUGCAGUCAGCAUGGCUUGUAGCUAUGGAAUCCCAGAAUGUGGAGAACUGGCCACCAGACUCUUUAACGAGUGGAGAACUUCAAAUGUCAAUGGCAUUCAUCCAAAUCUGAGGUCCACCAUCUACUGCAAUGCCAUAGCUCGUGGGGGAGAAGAAGAGUGGAAUUUCUUAUGGGAACAGUUCAGGAAUACCACUAAUGCGCAGGAAGCUGACAAACUCCGGGCAGCGCUGGCGUGUAGUAGGGAACCCUGGAUCCUGAAUAGACUACUGGAGUUUUCCUUUGACUCAACGAAAAUCCGUAGGCAAGAUACGGUCAGCACAAUCACCAAUGUUGCUAACAAUGUGAUAGGCCAGAGUCUUGCCUGGGACUUUGUCAGAGCCUAUUGGGUGAAACUCCGAGAACAAUUUGGAGAUUCUUCUUUCUCCUUUGGUAACCUCCUUACUGGAGUCACUAGAAGAUUCUGCACAGAUUUUGAUCUGAGCCAAAUUAACCAGUUCAAAGAAGACAAUAAAGAAGUCGGUUUCGGCACAGGAGCUCGUGCUCUGGACCAGUCCAUAGAAAGGACAGAAGCAAAUGUCAGAUGGGUAAAUCAGAACAAAGCUGUUGUAAAGGAAUGGUUUGAGGCUGCAGCAAAACCUUAAAGGACAUAUGAAAAUCUCUACAGUAGAAUAACAAGUUUACAAACCACAUGUGCCUCCUGUAAAAACAACAUGCAGAUCUUGGGUCUCACCAGUGGGAAAUAGAAAUCGAUACUACAGAGAUAUAUGUUCUGACAUGAUUUCUUCUGCUAGAUUACUCUUCAUCGGGUUUCUAUGAAUCUUCUUUUUUGAAUGGACUGAGAAGCCCAUAUUUUCUAACAUUUCUUCCCUUUUCCAUAUAUGUGUGCUUAGAUUCCCAAGACUUUUCUAUAUAGACAAUGAGGAACUCCCAUCUGCUCAGGGUUUAAAUGUUUAAAUGCAUUGCCUGGUGUACCAGACUUCCGAUCAAGUUCACGCUGAUCCCAGUGAACCUUACAGGUCACAUAGAACAAGUGGGAUCAGCCUAAAGAGAUGUAAAUUUUCCUAUACGCAAAGCUAAAGUACCUUUAUUUAUACAAAUCACUGUAAAAACCUGCUUUUUUGUUUUUAAUAUCAGAAAAUAAAAAUUAAUUUGUCAAA